UACAUAACCACAUCCUGAAGGGAACGUGUUACGUACGACAAACAAAUUUAUUAAAUGAACAUGUAGUUUUACUUAGGUACGCGUCAAAUCCCUGUGGUCAGUGAAUAUUUCUCGUCAGGUGUAAAUUCCAGAACUGGGUCAUGUAGAUGCGUCUAUUUUAUGUACCUGUGGCGGUUGUGUAUACACAUAUAGACAAAUACUGAAUCAUGAUGGCGGAAGGGCAGUCUCUCAAACCCAGGACUGUUCUUAUAGCAAUUGAUGGCAGCGAGUACUCUAAAUAUGCCUUCGAUUGGUACUGUAAAUCCAUGCAUCGUCCAACAGAUCACGUGGUCAUGAUUCAUUCCGUUGAAUUCCACAACAUUGUACAGACCACGCAGUGGUAUUACACUCCCUACUCCUUUGAUAAAGACACCAUUAAUCAGAUGAUGGAGAAUGAAGCUACGCACAUUAAAGACAAAUUGGAACAUUUUGCUGAUAUGAUGCGAGAGAAAAAUAUUAACGGUACUGUGAAAAGCGUUCAUGCUAACAAACCCGGAGAAGGCAUAGUCACCGCAGCUCGAGAAGCGAAUGCUGACGUCAUCAUCACAGGCUCACGUGGUACGGGCAAGUUGAGGAGGACAUUUUUGGGUAGUGUUAGUGAUUAUGUGUUACAUCAUUCCGAUGUCCCCGUCAUCAUAUGUCGUCAUAAAGACCACCAUCAUCACCAUGGACAUUAGACCGAUGGCCGACAUGAAAAGAGUGUUCAAUGAACCUUAAGAAUGAGGGGGUAUGAAAAGCGCUUUACUUAUCGAUAUUAUGCUUAAAUACAUGUAGAUGUGGAGAGUUUUGUAUAAUCCAUAAAGAAUUUUAUAUAGUCUGAAUUAAGUUUUGAACGUACAUGUAUCAUAAGCAGAUUCAACGUAGUUUCUGGCAUGUUCUAAUUUACUGUCAUUUCAGAUUGGAAUAACAUGUGCAUAUAUAUGUACAGUGUGUGAUCGGAAGUUUCUACUGUUAAUGUAAUUGUUUUCAGAAACAUGAUGUUAAUUUCAUAAAUGAUAAAAGUUUCUAACAUUUGUUUGAGAAGCUUUUAUGGAUCUAUAAAAAAACGAAUAAGAAUUGAUUAAAAACAAGGAAUUCAGCGAAA